AAGUCAGUCGGUGAGUGUCGCCAAGCUAUGUUUAAAAAUAGAGAAAUAUCUCAUCGAUGUGUCCUACAUGUGUCAUAGUAGCUGUUUACAAACACAUAGGCUACUUUAAGAGGGAAUGACGCCAGUAGAUGGUUUUAAUUUUGUUUUAUUUUGACGCCAGUAGAUAUAACUCACACGGAGGGCUAAAAUCGGCGCAAGCGUCUCACUGGCGAUGCGAUUCCCACGUACAUCAUUGCACGCCAUAUACAUAAGUUUGAUGCCCGCCGUCACAAACCACCGGGAAAAUGUUAAAGAACUCCACCGCAGCAACGCCCCCUUCAGGAAUCACCUCCUCUACCCACAGCCGGGCAAUAUUUAAAACAACUCCAGCCAGCGCAGUGUGCACUGUGUAGGCAAAGCAGCUCACAGUUCACGCUGUGUGUGAAUUUUACAGGGAAAACAAAAGUCGCCUUGUUUUAUAUCGGAUAUUUCAGAACUGAAUAUUGGAACCACCUGUCAUAAAAAUGAAGUCUCCAAAGAUAAAGGCACACAGCAAAUCAUUUCUUAAGGAUGAUGACCUCAGUGCCGUGUUGUGUGAAUUCGACGCUGUUAUUGAAGAUUUCACGUCCCCGGUGGAGAAGAGACACUUCAGAUACGACGAGCACUUAAACACUAUGAAAAGACGGAGUAGCACGAGCGUCAGCGACAGCGGCAUCAGCGACUCUGAGAGUGCAGAGUCAUUAAACAGAAACAGUUUCAGCUGUAGUGAUGAGAAACUCAACUCUCCCACAGUUUUCACCCCUUCAUCAAAAAGUCCUUUGGCUGCAUCUCCUAAACCUAAACUUGGAGACACAAAAGAAUUGGAGGACUUCAUUGCUGACCUGGACAGAACAUUAGCAAGCAUGUAAGUGAGAGACGGGAUGACUGGUGCACCACAUUGUAGCUCUGCCCGGAGAAGACAGCCAGACUGCACCUGACAAACCUGAACCACUGUGAAAAUGGAAUACACACGGUUUAACGUGCUGAAUGAUGGAGUUAUUCACUUUGUGACCAUACACACAGAAAGAAAUACAAAUGUAUAAGAAAAACAUGUUUCACAUGGUUGGCUGUGCUGUCUGAAAAACUUGAGCUGUAAGAUUAUUUAAAUAGCUUAUUAUAAAAUGUGUAAUUUUGUAGAGUUAGUUAUUGUAAAUGUUUCUGUAAUGUCAUUUUUCUUUUUGGAAUUUAUAUUUUUGUAAUAUUUUAUGUAAAUAUUGUUUCAAACUCUAUAAGAAGCAUUUAUUUUGUUUUAUUGAAUUAUUGAGCUUUAAAUCAUGAUUCUAAUAUGAUCAUAAAUGUAAGUCUUCACAAGAAAAACUGGGAUAAGGGAUAUUAUUUAAUACAACUAAUGUCUUAAAAAUAUUAAAGUUGAAAAUAUAUUUUAACAUAUUUCAUUGGUUUUUUGUUGUCCUAACCAAGUUUUAGUGCUUGGUUUAUAGCUAUGGUCAGAAAGGCAAACUAACACAAUAUUUAAUAUUGCUGUAGUAUAUUUAUAUUUUGCACAGUACACCGUUUUUUCUGUAUGCAUAGAUUAUUGAAUCAUCUACAGCAGUGGUCACCAACCCUGCUCCUGGAGAUCCACCGUCCUGCAGACAGCAGAUCCAACCCCGCUUCAGCACACCUGUCUGUAAUUAUCCAGCAAACCUGAACACCUUGAUUAGAUAGAUCAGGUGUGUUUGAUUGGGGUUAGAGCUGAAAUCUUCAGGACGGUCGAUGUCCAGGAGCAGGGUUGUGACCACUGAUCUACAGUAUGCAAUGUGCUUUGUCCCACAUUUUUGCUAUGCACAACUUUACUCAUGUACUGUAAACUAGUUACAUUCUGUACAAGAUCAUGUUUCUAAUGAAUUUAGGACAGUUACUCAUCUUAAAUAGUCUGUAAGUGAUUGACCCCACAGCAGGGGCUUCAGAUUGUAUGCAGUUGCGGUGAUGACACAUCACACCUUUUCAGCAAGAUGACACCUUUUCAGCAAAUUUGUCAAUGUGAUCCUCUGGUCUGCUGACCACAAGCCUGUUGCUUCAUUUAAGGUCCUCACAAAUCAUAAAAUAGCCAGUUACUGUCCUGCAUGCUGAUUUGUUAAUACAUAAUUUUAUUCAUGUUA